GCACAUUUUUCUUAAUUUGAGCAAUGCUAUAUAAAAGCGGGUAUCAUUGAAUUAUCUGCGACUUGAUUUUCACCAUAAAGGGAGUGCUGUUGAAACUUUGUAAAGUAUUAUAGCCUCAGAAUGAACAACUUGACAUACAUGUGUUGUCUCACCCUGGCCGUUGUGACCAGUUGCUAUGCGUUCGGCCCACGAAUCCUCAAGGGCACUGUGACGAACGGAGACAUUGACGAGGCGUCAGGAAUCGUCGUCUCGCGCACACACCAUGACGUCAUCUAUACUCACAACGACAAGGGCGACAGUAGCAGAUUCUUCGCUAUCGGUGUAAAUGGAUCAAACCUGGCCAGAGGAGAAUGCUGAGACACUGAUGAUUGACCCAACUGGUCAGCUAUACAUCGUGUCAAAGGUCAAAGGUGGAAUAGCAAAGAUGGCCAAAAUCCCUAGCUCUGCGUGGGGCGGUCCGCGGGUGUCUCUGGAUAUGGCCCACAGUGGGACUCUGAAGAUUUCCACGUCCCACAAAGACCCACAAGGCGGGGACAUCUCGCCAAACGGCAGAGAGAUGUUGCUGGUGUAUGAAGACGAUGUAUACUACUACAGCGUGCCGGACUCUGACUACAUCAAGGCUGUGAACAACCAGACACCACAAAAGGUCCAGAGCUACAUUCGAGUCAAGUCCACAGAAGCCAUAACCUGGAACCAAAACGGCUCAGGGUUUUACACACUUCCAGAGGGGGACUAUCAGACUAUCGCUUUCUACCCCAAGAUAGCAGGAACCGUCAUGGGGUGAAGAAUCGAGCACACUCAACUGUCUGUGUAUAUACAGUACUGACUUGGAAUUUGGAGGUCUUUUUUUUAAAAAAACUUAAAGUGGUACCCUGCGGCGAAACAGGGAAUGUAAAAAGAAAAUUAUAAUAAACCACUAACAAGUACCCAG